ACUGGGGCAGUACCUUUUCAAAAGGUACACUUUUGUACCUAUUAGGUUCAAAUAUGUACACUUUAACCUCUUAACUGUCACCGUCCACCCUGUGGGACGCCUACGUUUACUUCACUAUUUUACAAUUAAAUCCUAAUCUAAUCAUGACAAACUAUAUAUCGUUGGAAAGGUCUAAGACUCCUAAAUAGGUAUUUUACCACUUUUUUUGUUAAAAAAUUAUGUAGGAAAAGUAAUAGAUUAAUUUAUGACAAGAGUGCACCUGAAAAAUCUACAUCAUAACAGGAGUUCUGACCUUUGUCACAGAAAGUCUUCUUAUUUGCCUUUUUCUCUAUCAUGCUUUAGAAAUCAUAAGAAAUUAUAUAUCAGUUGAAAACUUAAAAUCUCAAAAUUCAUCCUUUGAAACCCAUUUUAAAAUCAGACAUUGCAUUACCAUGGAAAUGGUACAUCAAAAUCACAUUGGAAAAUGUUUUCAUUCAUGAAUUAUAAAAAAAUAAGUUUGGAUAGUGCACUAUCAUGUCUGUGUUCAAAACUGUGAGUGACAGUUAAGGGGUUAAGUACUAAUAUGUACCUUUAAGGUACCAAAAUGGACCCUUUAGGUACAAACAUGUACCUUUUGAAAAGGUACUGCCCCAGUGACAGCUUUUGUACCUUUAUUUCUGAGAGUGUAACUGUUGACCUGUGUAGUUAAAAAAGUUGGGUUAAGUGAAGGUUGUGACAGUGAAGGGGUAGUUUUAAGAAUUAAAACACAGAUUUUUGACCUUUUAUGAUGACACUAAAUGUUUUAUGAGAAUAGAAAACAUGUUGAUGGAGAAUGGGGAAGGAAAAAUGCAUGUGUUGGCAAUUUCAAGACAUAUAGUUAAUAUAGUUCAAAUUUUGGAGAAAUGAAACAAUUACACAGCAGCAGCCUUUUUUCUUUCCUUUUUUUUAAAUUUUCUUUACCCCAUUUACCGCUCACAAUCAGGAAAAGAAGUGCAAAAUUUGCAGCGGGACACUGAUAUUUUAGGAUGCAGCCACAGGCUUUACUUGCUUUUCUUUGGGUGCUGCUUCCCUUUGCUUUCUGUCAGGAUGAUACAUGUGUGAUACAUGGGAAAGAUGGCGUGAAUGGAGUCCCUGGCAGAGACGGCUUACCAGGAGCAAAGGGAGAGAAAGGAGCACCAGCAUUGCAGGAUGAGCUGAACAGUAUCAACCUGCAGGAACUCAAUGGAGAGACGGGCAUCAGAGGCCCCCCAGGAGAAACUGGUCAAAAGGGUUUCAUGGGUGCACAGGGUCCAAAGGGUUCCCCUGGUCUUAAGGGUCCUAGAGGAUCCAGUAGUGGCAUUGAUGGCAGUGGAAGCACUGCUAAUAAGAAGCCAGCUUUCUCUGUGCUGCGAAACAAAUCAGAUAUGGCUUCAUAUGGCAAACCUGUGACCUUUGAUAAUCAACUUAGCAAUGUUGAUAAUGAGUUCAACCUGGCAAAUGGCUAUUUCACUUGCAAGGUUCCUGGGGUGUAUUACUUUGUGUUUCACGCAUCAUCUGAAGGACACUUAUGUCUCAGACUUAAGAGUAUGCAAGAGAAUGCAGUCAGCCUGAAUUUCUGUGACUUAAACCCACGAUCAGCAUCAACUGUUGUGUCAGGUGGAGCUGUACUUCAACUAUCUACAAAUGACAGAGUAUGGAUUGAGCCUUUCACAAAAAGUGCUGCUGGCAUCAAAAUGCCCAAAAGCAUGUCUGCUGUGUUCAAUGGAUUUUUAAUCUAUCGCAACACAUAGGAGACUUAAUAGUCUAUUAAACAUGUUGCAAAUGGUUAUUGACCAAGGUAGUGAUGUAUAGCAGUGAUGUAAGCAUUUUAAAAACAUCUGAUCUGUUGCAUGCUGCAUUCAAAUGUUGUAUUCAUGUAUCUUGUCUUGUUAAAACUGCUUUGUUGUCUUUGAUAAAUGUCUCCAAUUAACUAAAUAAAAGCAUACGAACAUGACUCUACAAAAUGA